UUCCCCUCACCUCCCUCGUCCCCUACUUUUCCGGGUUUUUUUCGUCCCUCUCAUUUUCUCUUCUUUGUUUUCAUUCUAAAAAACCAGUCAUACAACUUUGCUUUUUUCUUUUUCCUGCUUAUCUUUCAAGAACUUGAAAUGUUAUUUUUUAAACUUUAAUAGCUCAUACAUAUUAUGAUCAGAAUAUAAGAAGGAAUAAAAAAAAACAUUUUCCAUCCAUUUUUCCCUAACUAUAUAUUCUUUUUUUCUUUGUAUCAGUUUAUACAAAAAAAUGGCACCAAAAAGCAGAAGAAAUAUUAUAAAGAAAACCCAAAAUAAUAUUUCGACAACAAGAAGAAGGAUUGUUACAAGGAGUAUUUACAAGAAAGAGAAAUUGUUAUUCAGCCAAACAACACCUAAGAAGAAAACGGUAAAAUCUUCGAGUUUCGAUGACGACAUCAAUGGAGGUGAUAUUUCCGCCAUUAACAAAAGCUUAGAUGGUGUUUGCUCAACUCCAAAGUCUGAGAAAUAUAAGAUUCCUAAAAUUGAAAGUUGCCCACCAGCACCAAUUAAACCAAGAAGUUUAUUUUCAAAGAGGCGGUCGAUUAUCUUCUUUACUAAUCCUGAAAUAGAUAAUUUCUUGAUGUUUGCCAUGGGAGAUAAUAAUAUCGAGGAUAAUUACUCAAGGUAAAAGACAAAUGAUAAAAGACAAAUGAUCAGCAUUAGAAAAGCGUUUAAAGAAAGUUCAAGGAUAUAUUUAUUAAGUACGUGUUACCGAAGAAAAGAUUAAAACUUACACUACUUUUGUCAAAAUAGAUCAGAAAUAAAAGAAAGAAAUUACAAGAUAAACUUUGUAAUAGUGUGUAUCAAGAACAAAGAGGAAAGUUGUAUUGUACUUUUUUCAUUUAUUAUUUUUUUUGAUUUUUGUUGUUGAAAAUUCAACUAUUUUUUUUGUGUUUUAGGAUAAUUACUUACACAACUUUCGUCAAAAUAGGUGGAGAAAUAAAAGAAAGAAAGUACAAGAUGAACUUUGUAAUAGCGUGUAUCAAGAACAAAGAGGAAAGUUGUAUUUAUACACUAGCUAGUCCCAAUAGUUAGAAAAUCAAGAGUUAUUAUAACUCAUGAAUCCUUAUUAUUAUGGGGAAUAAAAUCAGAAAUUAAGGAGUGAUUAAUCUUGUUAAUGAAGCACAUUAUAACUCUCAAAAUGAAUAUGAAUUUAGUGAUAUCACAAUCACUAAAUGUCAAUCGACUAGAAAUUAAGGCUUAUAAUGUGUGAGAGUGAGCGUUCCUCCUAUAGUUCUACACUUAUCCUAAAAUUAAAGAUCUUUUUAAUUUUACUCUAAACAGCGCAACUGUGCAA